CUCUGGAGAGGACAGUUGAGGGGACAGGGCACUGGCAGUUGGAAGCAUGGCAGAGGUCAAGCCAAGAGGACCUCAGACCUCAAAGACAGGCCAGUUAAAUUUAUGUUGAAUAUUAGAUAAACCACUUGCCCUAGAAACAACAUUAAAAAGCCUCAAGUUCAAACUGUAAUCACAGUUACCCAGAGAGGGCUUUUACUAAAGCAUGAUAGUUAUUUCCUUGUGAACUCAGAAGCAAUGGCUGCAUUUGUUUCACAUCUACUUCCAUGUCUAUGACAUUGUUCACAGCACAGAGUGGGAAUUUGUUAUUCACUAACAUCCGACAAACUGUUAACUCCUUUUUUUGUUUGUUUGUUUGUUUCUUUUGUAUUGUUUUGUUUUUGAUCAUAAGAAAUAAAAAUAAGAAUUCACUACCAUUGAGACUUGUAAUCAUCUAAAAAAGAAAUAAGAUUCAUCAUGUCUUUCAUGGUCCAUAAUCGGAAGGGCAGCAAAAAGCAAUUUCAAGUGGAUCCUCUUCUUCUGCCCAAGGUUCCUCGUACCAAUUACCUGCACCUUCAGGAAGAGAAGCACAGACUACAGCUAAAGAAAUUCCUCCUUCACAGGAUGUUUCUAGUGGGCUACAUACAAGGCAACACGGAGAAAAAGGACAUCUCUGAGUACUAUGAGCAACUGUUUCAGUCAAUUCUGAAACAUCAUUUAGGCGAAUCAGUGACAGGUCUCAUGCUCAUAUACCCAAGUACUUUUCUGCACAUUCUUGAGAGUUCCAAUGGCACACUCUUCCGGAUUCUUCUAGAUUAUGUUGCCCAUGAAAAGAGUGAAACAGAAUUUAUGCUCCAAAACAUGAAAAUCGUCGUUGCUUCUCACAACAUCCCCACGAGGCUGUUCAUGCAGUGGCAUAUCUCUGCAAUCAAAGUCCCCGUUUUGUACCUAGAUGACGAAUCACAGUCUCCGUCUAUAGAGGAAGUCACCACAGAAUUCCUCACCAUGACUCACAAACUGGCACUCCAACUUUACAAGACAGUGAAAUUGGGCGCGAAAGGUCCAGGUGACAACUUACACCAACUUGCCCCUGAACUCAUUCUUCCAGAACAAAUUAUCAAGUAUUUAUGCAAAGCUGAAGAAUUCAUGGACCCAGCGUCUUUCUUGAGCAUGUAUAACAGACCCAUACACGUUACCCUGGAUUCCGAUAUUGUGUGGCCAGCUCCUUCCCGUUUCUAGAAUGGGGAGAGUUGAUUUGGGUCUGUCUCAUCAAGUUUUUGUACUAUUUUAGAAACAAAGGAAAUAUAUAAACUUACUCUUAAAUAAGAGAACAGAACAUUAAAAUAAGCACACAUGUAGAAUUUUUAAUAUUAGAGCUAAACAUAGGAAUACAUCUGCUUGUUGUAGUAUGAAGCUCAAUUCACAUUUUAAAAGUAAACGGGUUUAAUAAAUUUGUAAGUUCCAUCAUUUUCAUGGGAUAAUUUAAAGCAUAGAUGGAAGGGAAUUAACACCAUUUAAGCAUUAAGUUCUCAUGCAUUCUCAGGACAGUUAACAAGCAGUCUUUAUCAUAUGGCUGCAGAAAGGUGUUUGAGGGUGGAUCAUUUCUAACACUUAGACCCUUAAGAAACUUGCAACCUAAAGUUACAAUCAAGCAUGCUAUAUAAACGUAAUAGAGUAUAAUACAUAGUAAGAUAUGUUACAAUGUAAAUGGUAGAAUAAGAAGAGGUAGAGCUUCCAGAACCUAAGUGAAUAAACUAUUAAUUUACAAUUGCUGCAUCAAAGAAAAUGAAGCUAAACUUCUGAACACAGCCCUGAAGUACCCAUGUUCUGGCCUGUCUCAUCAGUAGUACUGAACUUAUUAUGAAGCUGAACAACACAAGGGUUUUGUGAAAUAACUAGAAAGCAUAAUCAAACAACAAGAAUUACCCAAGCACUCAUCUUUAUGACAGACAUCUGUCAGGCAGUAGAAAUGGUGCAGUGUUUAUGUGAGGCAUUGUUCUUACCCAGUUUUAAAAAUGUAUUCUUAAGUGAUUAUAUGUUAUCAGUAUUAUAAGAAGUGAACAGUGUGUGUGUAUGAGCUGUCAGACAGCAUCUUAUUGACGGGGUGAAUAUGCUUGCAAAAAGCACUUUCUAAAGUUAGCUAAGUUGACCAGAAGUGAAGCUUAUGGCUAAAAAUUAAACAUUACUAUAUACUUAAAAUCAUGACACAGAAUAUUGUUUUUUUAAAAAGCCUACUCUAAUGCUUCUAACCCAACAUGCUCCUCUUGUAGUGUUACCUUCAGAUUUCUUAUAUUCCUUUUUUAUGUGGCAGGCUUUGUGCUUCAAAUUGCACAGCUUUUUGUGACUGCUUUAACCAGCAGAGUAGGACAAGAAUGAUGCUGUGCAUCUCCAAGGCUAAAUCGAAAUGCCAAGUGCCUGGCUUUGUUCAUUUGAACCUGAGCUCUUAGAAUCCAGGCACUAUGCUGUGAAUACUUAAAGCAGUUUCCAGAUGGCAUUCUCAGCAAGCGACCAGCUGGCAGGAAGCACCAAUCGCUGGAUGCUGAGUAAGACUUGGUGGAUCCGGUUUCUCUGAUUACAAGGAAGACUAGUUGACACUGUAUAGGAUAGAGAUGUACUCCUCCUGGGAAUCCUGCUCAAAUUACAGACCUGAAACAAUUAUGAAUUAUGAUAUGUAUGUAUACAAAUAUUUUCAUCAGUUACUAGUCAUUCAUUUAUGUAUAUUACUAGAUGUCACAAAGUAAACACUUACUAGGCAUCCAAUCACUGCAGUUGGCUGGAUACCCCAACAGUGGCAAGUGUGUCUCCAUCACAUUACCUACCUUGUAUAAUUUCUUAGUCUAUAUCAUGUCCUGAUGUAAGAAAUACUAAUAGAAAGCUAAUCCACUAGAUUAAUGAAAAUCAUUAACAAUCACAAUCAACUAUUAGAGAAAGUUACAGACAUACUUAAAUGAAAAUAUUGCUCAUUUACUUAGCUCACUGUAAAUUUUAAUGAUUCAUAAAAUCAGAAUAUAUUGUAUGAAAGUAAAAUUUGUAUUUGAUAAAAAAAACAAAUACAUAGCUCAAUUAUUUAUUCAUUCUAGUAAGCAGACAAUAAUGAAUUUAUUCAAAUGAAAUUCACUUGUUAUAGUAGUUACUUAGAAUGAUUCAUUUUCCUCAUCUCAACAAUGUCAUUGCUAAAACAGUUUAUAAAUCUUAUGUCACAUGAAUAAAGAAAGUUUAUAAUCAAAGUGAAUAUAAAUAUUUCAGGUAUAUCUAAGUUUUGAUUACAAAGAAUAUAUACUCAAUUGGUCCCAUUUUGAAAGGUCUUUAACUGCCUAAAAAUUCAUGUGUUCUUUAUACUGUCUUUUAUAUAAGGUUGAGGGUCGCUAUAUUUAGAUCCUUAAUCCAUUUGAAGUUGAGUUUUAAAGAGGGGCAAGAUAAGCGUACACCUUCAUCAUUUUAUAUGUGUCUGCUCAGUUUAACCAGCAAUAUUGGUUGAAGAUUCUGACAUUUCUCUAAUGUGUAUUUUAGAACUACAUGUCAAUAAUCAAGUAAGGUUAGGAAUAUGGACAGACAUUUGGGUUCUGAAUUCUAUAUCAUUUAAAUGUUUCGGUUUACUUCUGUUACUCUAUAGUAUAACUGAAAAUUGAGGGUGGUGGAAUCUCUGACAAUGUUAAAUUGUUAGGAAUUUAUUUGAUCUUUCCUGCUUUCAUAUCAAAUUUGAGAUUUUUGUUUGUUUGUUUCUCUGAAGAAUUGCAUUGGAAGUAUAGUGGGUGUUGUGCUGAAUCUACAGACUGCUUUAAGUAGGAUGGUCAUUUCUCAAACUUAUUGCUACCAAUCCAUGUACACAGGAAGUCCUUCCACAUUCUGGUCCCAUCCUCAGUUCCUAAAAUUGUCAUUGUACAAGUCUUUUAGUUACAAUUUUUAAGGCACAAUUGUGUGUGGUAUUGUUUCACUGACUUCUUCAUCAGUGUGUUUGCUUUUUGGUACAUCAUUGUGUAGUAAUUUUAUAUGCUGAUACUUGCUGAAUGCGUUUAUCAGCUCUAGAAGUCUUCUGGUAGACUCUUUAUAGACUUUUAUGUAUACAAUCAUUUUUAUCUACAGACAAGGAAGUUUGAUUUUUUUUUUUACAUCUCAAAUAUAUUUUGCAUAUGUAACAAGUUAAGGAGAAAUUUCACAUUAUUUUUAUAGCAUUUCAUUCAGUCAAAUAAUACUAUUUUUAUUAGAUAUUUUCUUUAUUUACAUUUCAAAUGCUAUCCCCUUUCCUGGUUUCCUCUCUGAAAAUCCCCCCACCCAUUUCCCCUCCCCCUGUUCCCCAACCCAUCCACUCCCAUUCCUGGUUCUGACAUUCCCCUAUACUGGGGCAUAGAUCCUUCACAGGACCUAGGGCUUCUCCUCCCAUUGAUGACCGACUAGAUCACCCUCUGCUACAUAUACAGCUAGAGCCACAUGUGUUUUCUUUGAUUGGUGGUUUAGUUCCAAGGAACUCUUGGAGUACUGGUUAGUUCAUAUUGAUGUUCCUCCUGUAAGGCUUCAAAUCCCUUCAGCUUCUUGGGGUACUUUCUCUAGCUCCUCUACUGGGGACCUUGUGCUGCAUCCAAUGGAUGAUUGUAAGCAUCCACUUCUGUAUUUGCCAGACACUGGCAGAGCCCCUCAGGAGAUAGCUAUAUCAGGCUCUUGUCAACAGGCCCUUGUUUGUAUCUGGCAUUGUGUCUGGGUUUGGUGGUUGUUUAUGGGAUAGAUCCCCAAGUGAGGCAGUCUCUGGAUUGUCAUUCCUUCAGUAUCUGAUCCGAACUUUGUCUCUGUAACUCCUUCCAUGGGUAUUUUGUUUCCCAUUCCAUGUGUCUUCUUUUGUGAUUGGGUUACCUCACUUAGGAUGAUAUCCUCCAGAUCUAUCCAUUUGUCUAAGAAUUCCAUGAACUCAUUGUUUUUAAUAGAUGAAUAGUACUCCGUUGUGUAAAUGUACCACAUUUUCUGUAUCCAUUCCUCUGUUGAGGGACAUCUAGGUUCUUUCUAACUUCUGGCUAUUAAAAAUAAGGCUGCUAUGAACAUAGUAGAGCAUGUGUCAUUAUCACAUGUUGGAGCAUCUACUGAGUAUAUGCCCAGGAGUGGUAUUACUGGAUCUUCUGGUAGAAUUAGGUCCAGUUUUCUUAGGAACUGCAAGACUGAUUUCCAGAGUGAUGGUACCAGCUUGCAAUCCCACCAGCAAUGGAGGAGUGUUCCUCUUUCUCCACAUCCUCACCAGCAUCUGCUGUCCCCUGAGUUUUUAAUCUUAGCCAUUCUGACUGGUAUGAGGCAGAAUCUCAGGGUUGUUUUGAUUUACAUUUCCCUGAUGAUUAAGGAUAUUGAACAUUUUUUCAGGUGCUUCUCGGCUGUUCGAUAUUCCUCAGCUGAGAAUACUUUGUUUAGCUCUUGUACUGGCUAGUUUUGUGUCAACUUGACACAACUGGAGUUAUCACAGAGAAAGGAGCUUCAGUUGAGAAAAUGCCUCCAUGAGAUACAAAUGUAAGACAUUUUCUCAGUGAUCAAGGGGGAAAGGCCCCUUGUGGGUGGGACCAUCACUGGGUUGGUAGUCUUGAGUUCUAUAAGAGAGCAGGCUGAGCAAGCCAGGGGAAGCAAGCCAGUAAAGAACAUCCCUCCAUGGCCCCUGCAUUAGCUCCUGCUUUCUGACCUGUUUGAGUUCCUGUCUUGACUUCCUUUGUGAUAAACAGCAAUAUGGACUUGUAAGCUGAAUAAACCAUUUCCUCCCCAACUUGCUUCUUAGUCAUGACGUUUGUGCAGGAAUAGAAACCCUGACUUGACAGCUCUGUACCCCACUUUUCAUAGAGUUGUUUGGUUCUCUGGAGCCCAACUUCUUGAGUUCUUUAUAUAUAUUGGGUAUUAGCCCCUAUUUAUCUUUCUUUUCUUUAUUUUAUCCGAUAUUACUAAACACAUUAUGCAAGAGUUUUAUUACAGAGAAGAGGAGAGAGUGGAUGUCUUUAUCUUGCUUCUAAUUCUCGUGCAAGUUAUUUUUCUGUAUUUAGUGUCAUCUUGACUGUGGAGUUUGUGUAUUAUAUUUAUAGUACUGAGAUAUGUUCUUUGCACCCCUAGGUUAUCCAAGACUUUUAUCAUGAAUAGAUAUUGAUCUUAUUUCAAUGGCCUUUUCUGUUUAUAAGGAUAUGAUCAUGUGGUUUCCAUAUUUGAGUAUGUUUAUUAUAAGGCGACUACACUAACUGAUCUGCAUAUACUGAAUCAUCUUUGAAUCUCUAGGAUGAGUCAAACUUAAUCAUGGUGAAUGAUCACUUUGUAAGCAUUUUAUUAAGAGAUUCAUAUCUAUUUUAAUCAGGGCAAUUGCCUUACAAUUCUUUCUUUUUAUUGUUCUGGUGUAUAUUUGGUUUGGAUACUGGGGUAAUGUGGGUUUUCUGAAAAGAAUCUGAAAGUGUUCCCUUUUUUAUUUUAUGAAAUAAUUUAAAGAUUAUUGGUGCUUUGAAGAGCUGGUGCUGUGCUGAAUCCUUCUGGAACUUUGUUUAACUGGGAAAUGUUUACUUAGUCUCAUUGGAUGUCAUGCAUCGGUUUAAAUUGUUUAUUUUGUAUUAACUUAGCUUUGGUAAGCCAUAUGCAUCCAGAAAUUCAACUGCAGUUUUUUUUAAUAUUCCCAAUCUAGUGAAAUAAAAUAUUUAAAUUAUUUCUUUAUUAUUCUCUAAAUUUCUUCAUUGUCUACUGUUUCUUUCAAUUUUGAUUUUAUUGAUUUUACCUGCCCCCUUUUUCAGUUAGUUUGGUUGAAGGUGUAUAAAUCUUCUUAGUCUUUUGAAAGAAUUAAAUCAUUUCAUUGAUGCUUUAUAUUUUAAUUUAUUGUUGCUUCAAUCAUUUCAACCAUGAAUUUGAUUAUCUCUUGUUGUCUACUGUUUGUGGGUAUUGCUUUUUGUUUCCAAAAUUUCUUAAGGUUCAUGAUUAAUUUAUUAACUUGAGAGUUCUAAAAGAAUUUCCAAUGGAAGAAAGUUUAUUCUGGCUUACCAUUUCAGAGAGGAUGUCUACAACAUUCAGAAGCAUUGAAGAUGGCACCAGAGCAGGAGGGUGAAAGAACGCAUGUUCAGCCAGGCAUAGAACAGGAGCCAGGAAGGGGACAAGACCAUAAAUUCCUGAAUUUCUUUGUGUUUUAGGCACUAAACAUAAUAAAUUUCUUAAGACUGCCUUGGUGUCACAUAGAUUCUGUCACAUUGUGCUUUCUAUUCAUUCAUUCCAAGAAAAUUUGUAUUUAUUUCUUGAUUUCUUCCUUGAACUAGCUAUUAUUCAUGACUUUAUACAGUUUCCACAGUUUCCACUGAGGUUGGUAUCUAGCCUUUUUUCUGGGCAGUCUGAUAGAACACAGGAUGUUACUUUAAUUUUUUAUAUUUGUAGAGACUUUCUUUGUGUCAUAUGUGGUUGUUUUGAAAGAAUUUUCCAUGAACUACUAAGAAAAAUGUGGACUUUUCAGGGCUUAGCUACAAUGUUGUGUAGAUGUAGGCAUCUGUCAGAUUUAUUUGAAUUAUGAUGUUUAUCUACAAUGGCUCUCUGUUUAGAGUUUGCACAGAUAAUCUGUGUACUAGUCCAGAGAGGUAAUUAAAGACACCCACAAUCACUGUGUAGCCAUUAAUCUGUGGUUUGGGAUCCAAAGCUUUGUUUUCUUUUUAAAAUAAAGUUAAAUACUCCUGUUGGUAAGUAAAUAUGCAAAAGUUUAGUGUUCUUUUGGGGGAAUAUGCCUUUAAUGAAAAUGAAGUGAGUGCCCUUUUUUGUUCUAACUAGCUAUGACUAGAAGUCUAUUUUAUCAGAUAAUACAGUAAGAAUACCUACUUAUUUCUUAACCCUAUUUACAUGAAAUACUCUUUUUAUCAAUUUAUUUUAAAUGUAUACAUGAAUACAUUUAUGUAUACAUUUAAAUGAAAAAUGAAUUUAUAGCUAUUUUCAAUAUAAUUAUCCAUACAAGGUUGUAUGUAUACCUCAAUAACAACUAGUAUUUGGAUCAUGCUAUUCAAAUAUUGUUCUCCAAUUAAAGAGCAAGGGAACUAUGGGAGAGUUGCUGAUUUUUAUGAUGGUUUAAGAAAACAAAAUGAUCCUGAUAAAUAUAGAUCUUUUUUUUCUUUGUCUCUCUAUCUACCUGUCAGUUUUGUUUGUUUGUUGUUGUUGUUUUUAUUUUUCCCUGUUAUUGAAAAGAGAUUCUUUUCUUAUACAUUUGGACAUGGACUACAGUUUCCCCUCCUUGUACUUCCUUACUUCCCUUUUCAUCCCAAUCCACUCCAUUUCUGUCUCUCGUUUAAAAAGUAUGGGAUUCUAAAGGAUAACAAUAAAACACAGAAAAUAAUAUAAAUAAAUUCUGUCACAUAGAAGUUGGACAAGGCAAACCAACAGAAUGUAAAGAGUCCCAAGAGAAGGCACAGAAUCAGAGACCCAUUUGUUCCUGUACUAAGAUGUCCCAUAAAUAUGCUAAAUGGAAAGCUGUAAUAAAUACACAGAGAACAAGAUGAAAACCCUUGUAGGACCUGUGCAUGCUGCUAUUUCAGUCUCUGAGUUAAUCUGAACUUUGCUCAGUUGACUUAGAAGGCCUUGUUUUCUGAUGUCUUCCAUCUCCUCUGGCUCUCACACUCUGUUUCCUUGUCCACAGGGUUCCCUGAUCUCUGAGGGGAGGAUUUGAUGCAUACCAUUUAGCACUAAGUGUUCCAAGGUCUCUGUCUCUGUCUCUGUCUCUGUCUGUCUCUCCCCCCUCUUUCUCUCUCUCCCUCCCUCCUCUCUCUCUCUCUCUCUCUCUCUCUCUCUCUCUCUCUCUCUCUCUCUCUCUCUCUCUGCAAUGUCUAGCUACAAUGUCUAACAAUGUCUAACAGGAGAAAGCUUCUCUCAUGAUAACUGAACAAGGCACUGAUCCGUAAGUAUAGAAGAAUAGUAUUAAGAAUUCUUUUAUCACUACUUUUAAAGAGUAAUAGUAAUUGGUUUUUGCAUAGGUCUUUUGGGCUGUCUAGUCUCUGGUUCUUCGUCAGCCAAACAGCGUUGUGCAUGGGUUCAGUCUCAUGGAGUGGUCCUUAAGUCAAAUUAGGCAAUGUCGUCCUACUUUAUUGCCUUAGCAUAUUUUUCAGCAUUUUAGAUCAAUGUUUCAUGGUUGAGUUGGGGAUUGUUUUCCUAAACUGCAGAGUAAGUACCUUUCCAUAUUAAAGGCAGUAGAAUGUAAGGGUUCUAUGUAGGAACCAGCUUGACCUCCCCAAGAUCAUGAGUUUGUGGGUGUUGUCUUCAGCAAUGGAAUCUUGCUGUCAUCUUGUAGAGAGAAACCUAUUGUAUUGCCAACCACCUGCCGUAUUUGAGGAUUUUCAUGGGACCCCCUUCAGCAUGUAAACCAGUUCAGGCACUAAAAAUUUCAUUUGGUCAAGGCAUGACCAGUAGGGACUCUGACUCCCUAUUUAUUUAAAGACUUCAUUGGGAUCAUCUUUAUCUAUUUCAGGUAGUUUUCAAUGCACUAGAUUUCCAUAUGUCUUUUGAGUACCUGUCCUGGAAUUAUUUAUCCAUGUGACUUCUUGACUGUGUCUUUACUUCUUUUCAGCCUGAAGUAUUUAUUCUGGUAUCCUCUGUAGAGCUUGCUUUGCAGUUGUAAAUUUCCUUAACCUUUUUUUAUUAUGCAAAGUUUUUAUUUUAGGAGAUAAUCUAUGGGCACAUCAUUCUGGUUGACAAUUAUUGCAUUAUUUCUUUGUUACUUUGUUUCUGAGCUGGGGCUUGAACAUUUGAGGUUGUCAGUGAUAUCCUUAUUUUUGCUUAAAUUACCUCUUUCCUUCCAGUGUAAAGGGAGCAAUGGGUAGUUUUAGGUUGUAAUAGGGUUGAGAUACUUCCUUUUAUUAGAUUUGUACUGAGAACUCAAGAACCUACUGUGUGAGUGAACAGAAACUAUUUAAGGGUCAGCAUACAGCUUGCUGGGCCUCUCCUCUGCUGUCGCCUGGUGUGGACCUCAAAUUCAUUGCCCUACUUUGAAUAAGCUUGGUCAACCAGCAGCAGUGGGAAGAUUUUGUUAAACUGGGUGUAUCUAUAGAAAGCCUAUCAGUUCACGAGGGGCUGAGUCUACCUGAGAGACUUGGAAAGUGAGAUUCUAGGGAAACAGGGAGUGUAUUGGUAGGAGUGAGCCCAUUUGUAGCUGGAAUGUUCUAGUGGAGUGAGGCAUUAUGACCACACUUGGUAAUGUGAUCCCACAGGACGUAGAAAGCUUUAAUGAUAUAGCGAACAAAUGCGUAUCCGGUCAUGGGGGAAGUAUUCAGCCUACAUGUUACAAAGGAGCAGAGCCUAGCUGAUGAAUCAGGAAGGACAGUCCCAGAAGAGCCUAGCUUAGUGGUCUGGUGACAUAUGGACAUCUUAGGAGACCUUGGCAAUUUUAUGGAUUGAGAAAGAUGGAACCUCAUUGGCAGCAAGGAAGCAGCAAGGAAUAGAAGGCCCAGAGGAGCUAGGCAGGCCUUUGUGAUAGCAGGAGCAAGUCUAUCUAUUGACUUGAGGAAAGGGUCCUCUCAAGUGCCAUAUAGAUUUCAAUAAGUUUAGCAAUACACAUCCAUUUCAAAUAACAUAAACAUACUCCUAGCCAAAGAAAACUUUCAUCCAAUAAGUAAAAAUAUGUCAGUCUAUUGACAAGUUCAGACAGCAAAAUAUUUCUUGAUUAUUACAUAUUGCAUUAACAGAUUUAGUGAAAAAUUAAGAGUUCUCCCUCUUGUGGUCAAUAAUUUAAAUUUCCAGACACCUGCCAGUAAGAUUUACAAAACAAAUAGAAGACAUUGAUUUUAAGAAAAUAGAGAUAAAAACCCAAAAGUGCUUCUCAAAUGCUUUAUCAUCAUGUCCAGAUUUACCAUCAUGUCCAGGAAAUAAACAAUAUGAAACUUAAAGACACUAAAUUGCUUUUUUUAGGGCAAUGGUAAACACUGAUAAAUGGUAGUUCCAUUUUAUUUCAAAAUAUUAACAAUACAAAUCUGGAUUAUUUUUCAAGUUUUUUAAAAAAUUAUUUUAUCAACUCAAUUUUCUUCUUAUUUUAGAAGUGUUCACUAUAUUAUUUAAUAACAAAAAUAAGUUUUAUAUUAGCUGGAUUAAUUAAUAACUUACUACAUUAAAAAUUAAAGUUACUACUAUUCUUUUUAUGUUUAGAAAAAUGAAGUCAAUAUUUAUUAGCUAAACAUUUUGUUAUUAAUUUUAAUACUGAAUUACUGGCUGACCAAUUAAUAUAUUACUGAAAAUAUUUUCAUAUAUAUACAUAUAUAUGUAUAUACACACACAUAUAUACAUAUAUACACACAUAUAUAUACAUAGACAUACAUAUAUAUACGUGUAUAUAUAUGAGGCUUUUCUUAUAACUUUGACCAAGUGCAUUGGAUCUAACAACUUGAUAAUAUCACCUGAAUUUUUCAUUUAAAAGGCUUAAAUUUUAGCAAAAAUGAUUAUGAAUAAAUGAAUAGUGUUGUUGAGUCAUUCUACCUGCUCAUUACAGUUAUACUUUUUUUCAGUCUAAUCUUUGAACUCCCUUCUAAAAACUUUGACUUCAUAUAUGUGCUGAUGUCUUCACUCAUUUAACAUAGACUUACUAUAUAAGUGCAGGCUUUAUCACUGUUAGGGCCUUGCGUUGACAGUAAAAUAUAAGUAUCAUGCUACUAAUGACUGUGUCUUCUAGAAGUGGAAACUGAAAAUAUUCCUUGUCCCCCUCAGAUUAUCCUUAUGGAUUUAUGUAUGGAUAUUGUACACUCCAGUUCCCUCCUUGUAGUUCUUCCUAGAAUUUAAAGCUUCCUCUGGUAGUAAGAGCUAAACUGUUUUCUUCUCUCUUCCUUCCUCCCUCCCUUUCCUCCCUCCCUCCCUUUCCUCUCUUUCCUCCCUCCCUCCAUCCCUCCCCUCCCUCUUUCUUUCUUUCUUUCUUUCUUUCUUUCUUUCUUUCUUUCUUUCUUUCUUUCCUUCCUUCCUUCCUUCCUUCCUUCCUUUCUUUCUCUCUCUCUCUUUCUCUCUCUCUUGUUAUUUCUUUCUUUCUUUCUUUCUUUCUUUCUUUCUUUCUUUCUUCUUUCUUUCUUUCUUUCCUGUAUCAUUUCUUGAACAAGAUAGAAAGUAACUUUUCCAGAGGAGGAGGGAGAGAAAGACUAGCAAGAGAUUAACAACCUUGCCAUGUAUAUUAAGGUGGAUUAGUGAAGGAUACUAGGAAAGUGAGCAGAAAAUGGAAAUGAUGUAGGCUAAGAGUGGUGUAGUGUUUUUGAAGAAUAGAUCAUAGUGCCUGUAACACUGAGAAGAAGAUAAAGAUAUGGAUGGAUAGUGUUAAAAAGGAUGUAAGGACUUAACGAUCAUGGCCUGCAUUGAACUCUUAAUUUUUUUAUUCAUUACGAUAACAGACCCCUCUCAUGCUUUAUUCUUUGUGCAGGAUAUUCUCAAGACAUUUCAUUGAAAGACUACAGGUAUCUCCAUAUCCUCACUAUCCAGACAGAAUCUAUCUUUCUUUACCAACACUAUUCCUUCAGUCUAAUGUUUGACUCUACCUUUGCUUCUUUUUAAUGUAAAAUUCUCAAAAUGAUAGCCAACUGAAAAUUAAAAUAUCAUCCUAGAAAUCAUGUUUUGUUCCUAAUAGCCAAUGAAUAGAAGGCUAAUCAUGUAAUUAGAUUGUGAGUCUACAUUUAAUGAUUGACCACAAGUACAAUACAAAAUAAUAAGUGAAUUUAACAAGAAAUUGUUUCACUCUGGUCAAAUCCUCUAGAGGUAUCUGUUUCACCUCUUGAGUGCAAUGGACUCUAUCACUGUGCAACAAUUUUAUAUGUGUAAAUCACACAGUUCAUAAUCUGAUCUGUCUCUAAAAUAUUAGUCCAAUUUAAAGAUCAUAUUUUAAAAGUAUUAAAGAUAAGGCUUUGUUUUAUAGACGAAGAAAUCUCUAGAUAUUGAAGCAUAUGUACAUUUUAUGGAAAUUGAUUUUCUACAAUCUCCUCCUGAAUUUCUUUAAGUCUCCUGCCUCCCCUUCUUAGUUCAUGUUCUGUUUUUUGAAAGCAAAAACAACAUAUCAACUACUCUAUGUUCACAUUUCUCUACUAAUAAAACAUAAUAAUUUGUAGUAUUUUCAUUGAUUUCUACCAUUUGAUCAUAUCCAGAGAAUUGUGUUUCUUGACAACCUACUUUAGACCUCAAAAUUCUAAGUAAACUAAUAAAAAUAGUAUUUAAGUCAUGUAAGCAAGCACUAUGAUAUAUCAUCUCUGCUACUAGCUCAUUAUUCAUUCUUAGACAAGAGAUUUAUUCCUUUUUGGGGACUUUGCUCACUGACAUUGUAAAAUCCAUGAAUGUCACAAAGAAGGUCACAAAGCCCCAGAGGUAUCAGUUAUAUUGUGUUUGAAAAGUAAUACAAUGCAUGUUUGAACCACUAAGAAGCCAAGGGGCAAGAACUAAAGUGCUUCCAAUAAAAUCAGUAACCCAAAGUCUGAAAUAAUAACUUAACCCACCUAUGGAAAGAACCUGUCAUCACAACCAAAUAUUUUCCCAACAAACAUGCAUUCUAGGCUGAGGGAAGGACUCAUUGCAUACAUAAAGCCCUGGGUUCAAACUAUAGCAUAAAAAAGAUUAAAAGCACCUAACUGAUGCAAAAUAAUGUAGGUAACUUCAGUGCCAUAAAUAUGUAUGUAUAUUGCUUGGCAAUACCAUAGACUGUUAAAAGUAUAAAAUAUAUCUUCCCCAUAUUCCCCAUCACUAUGCCCAACACACACAGACAUACACGAAGUAUCCUCCGACCCUACAUCAUACUUUACACCUACCUUCUCUUUCUCUGAUACUUAUAGAUUUAUGAAUUUAUUUUUAGCCACUGAAUCUAACUAUGUAGUCUAUUUGCGACUAGGCAUUGGAUACUCCACUGUGGUAAGCAUAAAAUACCACUGAACAAAACCCUAAAGAGAAGUGAUUUCACCUUGCCAGAACCCAAUUGCCAAAAGCUCUUAAGCUAGUGGUGAGGCCUUCGGAACCCCACCUCCCUUUGUGCUAGAAUUUAUAACUGGC